AUGACCCUUCAUGGUGAAACAGACCUCCUGAUGUGCAGAACCUUCCCAACGCUCUUGGGCGGAAUAGCGUUAACUUGGUAUACCACCUUACCAACGGGCAGUGUAGCAUCCUGGGAUGACCUGGCAAGGAAAUUCCAGACCCAUUUUGCCACUAGUCGCCCUGUGCCGAAGUCUGUCCAUGCCUUGGAGAAAGUACGCCAGCAAUCCGGGGAAACUCUUAGGUCAUUUCUCGACCGUUUUGACAAAGAAGCCCUACAGGUACAAGGGCUAGACCCAAAGGUGCAGUUGCACAUACUUUUAUCUGGAUUGCGUGAAGGAGCAUUCGCCUACGAGCUUGCUCGUCGUGAGAUUUUGGAUCUUGAAGAAGUCAAGCGUAAAGCUCAAGAGUUUAUGCGAAUCGAAGAGUACAAAGGAAGUCGAACAAGCGACAGUCACCGCCAAGGAAACAGAGAGUUGAAGAAUAGUGACCAUGUUGAGGAACGUAGAAAGAGUCGCAAACCCGCCAAGUAUGUCAGUCGCCAACAAGGGCGAGACAUGGUUGGACGUCAUACACAUAGCGUCCUUCAGACCGAGUACAAGGAGGACCGCAAAGACAGCCCAAGGCGUCAGGGGAAAUCGCGGGAAAAUGUUGUAUACUGCAAAUUCCACCGCAGUAACGACCAUAGUACUGAGGAGUGCAGACAUCUGAAGGAUGAAAUCGAUGAGAUCAUUAACAGAAGAGGUCAAAGAAACACCGGAAGCAGCUCCCGAAUCCCAGGAAACAACAGGCGGUAUCGAGAGCGUAGUUGGUCACCAGAUCGAAGAAGGAGCACCCAGCCCAAGUAUCAAACUCGUCGCGGGCGGGAUCGCAGGGAGAGGUCUCCCCCAAUCCGUAAGGCGCAUGACAACCAGAGCAGUAGAGAAAGGCGUGACGGAGGAGACGAAGAUUCAGCAGCCAUAAAACAUGGAGUGAUAAAUAUGAUCUCUGGAGGGCUGGGUCAGGCCAAACCCAAAAUCGUCUGGGACUUCAACGAUUUGGGCGAUAUCCUACCUGGCCAUGACGACCCAUUGGUCAUCCAAGCAAUCAUUGCCAACUGGAGCGUCAACCGCGUAUUCGUGGAUCAUGGCAGUUCUGCUGACAUUUUGUUUUUGCCUUGUCUUAAAGCUUUGGGUUUUACUGUCAAUGACUUAACACCAGUGGCAGGUGAACUUGCAGGGUUUAACGGCACAACCACCAAACCUUUGGGAUUGAUAAACUUACGAUUAUCUAUGGGAACGCCACCUACCUCAAAGUCAGCCGACAUCCAAUUCCUGGUGCUGGAUACCCAAUCAGCUUACAACGUAAUUCUCGGCAGGCGAAUGUUCGCCGCUUUCGAAGCAAAUGUGUCGCACCCUCACUUGGCAAUAAAGUUUGUGGCAAGAGACAAUAAGGUGGCGACGGUAAGAGGCGAUCAAACGGUAACAAGGAGCUGCUACAACAUAUCCAUGAAACCAGCACCAAAAGUCACUUUGAAAGCCCAGCCAGCACCCCAUAUAGCGACAACCCAGGUAACAACUGAUGCCCUCACUGGAAAGGGUAACGAACUUGACCAGUGUCUUCUUGUAGAGUUUGAUGCACGGGACGACCCUCGGAUGGAACAUUCCAGGCCCAUACCAGACGAACGGCGAUAA